AUUAGAAUAACCACCCUCAUGGCCCUGAACACACCCCCACCGCUCGAUUUUCAGUACGAAAAAGGCUAUGAGAUCCCUACAAAACAUAAGGAGGCUAUACGCCAGCUUCACUGGUUUGGAAAGGUCCCCAUUUGCGCCUUAAUGGUACGAUACAAGCUUGGCGAUACCACGAUCCAAAAGAUCCUUGGCUACCCAGCCCCAGAACGAUAACGCCCUAAUCGAAAGGGCCCUACCUUCCUCUUAUCCGAUCGAGAAGUUGACGAAGCUAUUGUAUACUGCUCACAGCGGUGGGAGACACGGAUAAUGAACUGGGGGAAGGUACGAGAGGAGCUUGGAUUCAAAUGCUCGAUACAAACACUCAAGCGCAGGAUGCACUAACGAGGGUAUUAUCGCUGCGUAGUGUGUCAAAAGCCUUAUUUGACUCUUGUACAAGUUACUGUACGAUAUCUCUGGGCAAUAGCAUAUCUCUUUUGGACCGUAGAGUGGUUACGAGUCCUUUGGUCGGACGAGGUUACCUUCCAUGUUAGAGGACGAUCUACAAAGGCUAGAGUUACAAGAAAUACGAGGAAGGUCAUAUAACGCCCGUCAACGCCUGGGGAGCUAUUGGUUUUGGGUAUAAAAGCCCCUUGAUUUUUGUCGACGGUACGGGCAAGAAG